UUCCUAAUAUAAAGAAAGACAAUAAGGAUAAUAUAAAUAAAAUAGAUACCGAUUAUAUAAUAAAUACACUGUUCGAAAAAUCAAUCGCAAUAGAAUCAUCUGACAAAGAAACGAUCACUGAAUUUGAAGUGAUAAACAAAACUAUAGAAGAGAAAAGUGAUAUUAAUAAAAUGUUAUUAGAAUAUAGUAAUAACAAUAAAGAAGAUUUUAAGAAACAAUAUAUACAUUCUAUCUAA